AUGAGUGGAAUAGCAUAUAUGAGAUAUAAGAAAGUAUGGCCAAUAAUGAUGAAUGAUAAUAUUUGUGCCCUUGUUUUGACUUUAAUUAGCUCUUACCCUUUGUUUUUGGAUAUACAUUUACUCAGACUAAACCUAUUUAUUGGGCUUGUUUUGUAUAUUAUUGAUAAGACAACAACUUUAAUCUAAAAAUUGCCAUACCUUCGAAUAAUCAUCUUGGACAUAUUCUGCUUAAUUUUUGUUGAGAUAUUACAUUUACUAUGCUUUACAAAUUUCUAUAAAUUAUGCAGAAUAUUCAUUGAAUUUAUUCGAAUAAUGCUGUGGCUAUUUAUAAUAAUAUAUAGAUAGCAGGAUAAAACUAGUUUUUUGCUAUAUGUUAGUGUAGGAUUAUAAUUUUUUUGGGUUUACAUUUACUUUUUCAAGAAUUGA